UGAAGUGAAGCUAGUGGUUUUAUAUCGACGAUUCUGGGGGUGGUUUGCAUGAAACCACUCAUGAAAACGUCAAUAAUUAUUAUCUUGACUUUUGAUGUGAGAUAGAGUUUGUUACGUCGCAUUUGUGGAUGAUGCGUGAUCACCAUUUCAGCACCUGAACAGCUCCGGUUAGUAGACCUAAUGGGCACAUGGAGUCAGCCUGAUUCUGGGGAAGCCCUUUGAGCCGGCGCGAUAUAUAUGCUAGAAUGCCUUCUUUUCAAGAUGCAUCUAAAUAAUAAGGGAUGUGGAUAGUGGUUAAUAUUUAGAAGUCUCUUCGUGAAGGAUGAUACUCGCUGGAAGAAUCAGUCUUUUUCGUGGUGUCCUGUAUUCAAAACAGCAGCUAGGGUGCUUGGCCAAUGCAAAUUUGGAAAGGAUAGCAACCUACACACAGCGAGAACCGAGCAUCGCUCAAACUGAUCAUCGGCGAGGAAGAUAUUACUGUCAUCAUUAGGAGGGCUUGGAAGUCACGACCAUACUUUCAACAAUGUAGAUCAUAAAAGCAUUUCAAUGAUUGAAGCUCAGGGUAACUGACCUCAACAGACCGUGCAGCAUACCGGUGUGUUUAUAUUGCUGCUGACAACUUCAUCAGACUUUUUAAGAGUGUGGUAUGAGCUAAGUCUCUACUCUCAAAAUCUAGAGUCUCAAUCGUGUUGAAGUCAAUUCACACAAAGUAUACAGCAACAUGAGCAACCUCCAGGCCCCAUCCCAAACCCAAGCUGGAGCCUCUGAGCUGGAGGUGAUCUCCCAGCAGGUGGAAGAGGACAACCAGUGUCACGCUCCCGUUCAACUGGUCAGCUUUGCUUACAGAGACCUGCCUCUGGCCGCGCUGGACAUCUCCCUGGCAGGAUCCCAGCUCAUCUCCAACCUGGACGAAGAGGACAACCGAGAGGGGUCUAACUGGUUGAAGCCGUGCUGUGGGCGGAGGGCCGCCCUGUGGCAGGUGUGUCUGCUGAGCGCAGGAUUCAACUGUUUCCUGGUAGCCUGUGUUGUCCUGGUGGUGCUGCUGCUGUGUCUAGAGCUGCUCAUCGACACCAAGCUCCUGCAGUUUAACAACGCGUUCCAGUUUGCCUGCAUCAUCCAUUGGUUCAGCCUGGCCAUUCUGUCUGUGUUCUUCACUGAGACUGUGUUAAGGAUUGUGGUACUGGGGAUCUGGGAUUACAUUGAGAACAAAGUGGAGGUGUUUGACGGUGCGGUCAUUGUGCUGUCCCUGGCCCCUAUGGUGGCCUCCACAGUGGCUAACGGACCCAGCAGCCCCUGGGACGCCAUCGGCCUCAUCAUCACUCUGCGCAUCUGGAGGGUCAAGAGGAUAAUCGACGCAUACGUACUGCAGGUGAAGGUGGAAAUGGAGAUGGAGAUCCAGCAGUAUGAGAAGGCCAAGGCUGUCAGGGAGGAGCAGCUGGAGAGACUCACCCAGAUCUGCCAGGAGCAGGCCUUUGAGAUCAGACAGCUCCGGGCCCACCUGGCCCAGCAGGACUUGGAUCUGGUAGCGGAACGAGAGGCUGCCAUGCAGAUCCACAGUGUAUGGGGAAAGCAGAGCAGUGCCUUCCAAGAGGUGGACGGCCUGGCCCCAAGACACCCGGAGCAGCGCAGCCAGGCUAAAGCCAGGGAGGCAGCAGCCCCAGGAGAUCCAGUUGUUCAAGAUGACAUGAACAACUACAUCAGCCAGUACUACAGUGAGGCUAGCAGUGAUGUCGGGAUUCCAGACCCUGCCCGGGUCAUCACCACUGCAGCCAUAGACGUGCACCUGCCCAAUAACCCCAGCCAGCUGCCCUCCUCCCUGGUGAGUGCGGACGCCGCCUCCAGCCGUCUGCAGCGCACGGGAAGCUCUGUGAGCGAAGCCUCCCACACCAGCGCCUCCCGUUCCAGCUUCAGUGCCCACCAGCACAGCGUCAGCAGCCACACCCUGGGCUCCGCCGCCGACUGCAGUUCCACCGUCCGAGAGGCCUCCACCUCCACGGACUCCUACAGCGGCCAGCGCUGUUACCCUCCGCCCUACUGCAGCCCCCUGGCCCUGGGCGCGCAGCCUGAACCCAGGGGACACCCCAACGCCGUGGUGCAGGAGCUGCUCUCCUCCUUAUCUCAGGACUCCUGUCUACGCCAGAAGGGCCUGGACCCGGUUAACCUCAAACCGCCCAGCCCUGCCAGCUCCGUCAAGUCCAGCCCCGAGCUGGAGCACAGGCUCAACAUCUAUAACAGGAGGAAUCAGGAGAGCCGGGGAGGAUUCCACACAAAGCCCCUCAUCCACCUGCAGGCCAGCGAGUCCUUCCUAGAGGAGAAGUACCGGCUUUCUCAGGCUGACUCCCCUGUCAGCUGCAUGCCCGAGACAUAGGGAAGGGGCGUGGGGGUGGUCCAGGGUCUCAUAGCCAGCAAUGACUCAUUCCUCACCUUGAAAGUUGUUGAGUUAGACUAAAGACAUGUGGUCCGAGGGCUACGCCACUGGCAUACAGCAAUCCUCCUAAUGUCUAAAAGCACCGUGGAACUGUGAAUUGGCAGCUUUGCCGGCACCACACAUCAUCCAUGUACGACCGGGAAAAGCUUUGUAGCGAGUAGGCAUUGAACACCUAUCAGGAAUCAACACAUAUAACAUGAACAUUUCACCAAAAGCAACCAGCAAUGGAGCAUUAGCCCAAGAUCUGAGACAGUAGGGCUCUGCAGAACUGUUCCUGGCUCUCGUGCUUUUACAUGUGAUAUUAUUAAAUGAUGCGGACAGGGCUGGGUGUGGGGUGAACUGGGUGGUGUGUUUCUCCAAAAUAUGCUACAUGCUUAAGGAUCGGAGGCACUGAACUUAUCACAAAACAAUAGCUGGCAAUCAUAUUAUUUCUGAUCUAUGAGCCACCCCACAUCAGACAUUUUACAAACAAACCACAGUAAAUGUCAGCCUGGUGUCUCCAGACCUCGGCGUUAAGUGCAGUCCUCUCUGAUCAGCUUGCUGCAGGGUACAUUUUACCUCUUUUCAAAUGUACUGAGCUCUGUUCUCAGCUUAUUUCUUACCUUUGUCUUUCUAUAUUAUCAAUGCUCAAAUUUGUAUUCAACUUACAUGACGACAAAAAGCUCAGUGAAAUAUUUUUAAGCCAGACACGUAAGUGAUGAAGGGACACUGCAGCUCCCAAAUCUCGAGGGGUUUGGAAUUGCAUCUGGAGUAGUUGUUGGUCAGAAAAGAGUAUUUAGCAUGAACCUUUAAACAGAUCUGCUUUAUAGAAAGCAAACUAAUUCUGUGCACUUUAAUAUCAAAAAGCAUUUAAAAAAUAGAUAAUGAAAAGUAUUUAUCAAAGAGUAUAUGGCAAAAAUGAUCAACGUCAUGCCAUAUACAUUCAGUCUGAUUACCGAUACCAAGAGGCAACAGUGCUGUGAGGAAAUACACCACCUGAAAAGUUGUAUUCUUUAUAUACAUACAUAGUGACUUGCUAAAGCAUUCCCAACUAAUUCUCUCAUUUUACUAAAUUACAAAUAGUUCAUUGACACUUUGUUCUGUUUGACACUAUUUGAUUUUAAAACGCUGAUACUUGAAAGAAAUGAUUGUACAGUGACAUUGGUUUCAUACUGGGAAAUAUGUUGUUUGCAUAAGUAUUAAACCUCUGGGCUGUGGAAGCUCCCAGAUUACAACAAUUAAAGAUACUGACCUAACAAGGACUCAGUUACCUCACCAUUGGCCCCCACCUGUGAACCGUUAAAGUUACUGUCACAUUUUCCAGCUAAAAAAAGCUUUUGAAAUACUGAAAAUUGGUCAAUCAAUCAAUCAUAUCAAGAGCUCUGCAUAAAACAGGCCAGUUUUGGAGGGUGACAAGAAAAAAAACUGUCACUGAGAAAGCACAAGAACCAGCUACAAUGUGAGAUUUUUUUUCCCCCGUCUAAUCAGACUAAGAUAGAGCUUACAUUCCCAACAUUGUAUUAUAGUGGUGGCAGCAUCAUGCUAUAGGCAUGUUUCUCAGUGAAGGGAAAAAGGAUGAAGAAAAAAGAGAACCAGUUUUAGUCUACUAAAAAAAAUAAGCCUGGAAGGAAAUUGCUGAAGUGGUGGCAGCAUCAUUAAGCAGCACAAUGAUUCCAAGUACAAGACCAAAGCAACAUUGUAGGAUUUUCAAAUUUCUGUUCAAAAGCCACUUCAGUGUCCCAGUUAUAGUGAUUUUGGCCCAUACUUCUUGGCAGAUUUGCUCACGGCUGUUCAGGUUUGUUGGAUGACACUUGUGGAAUUCCAUUUUCAAAUAGAUCCACAAAAUCUUUGACUUGGACUUUGACUGGGUCACUGUAGGACAUUCUUCUUUUUUUCCUUUAGCUACUAAAAAUUGCUUGGGAUCAUUUUCACACUGAAGAAAAAUACAUUUCCUCAGAAUCAUCCUUAUUUUUGGCAGACUGAAGCAAGUUCCUGACUGCAGUUGGGCCAGUAUACUGGGAGCUAUACACCUGUGUUUUAAAAUGAAAUAAACAGAACAACAUUUCAGUGUAUUGCAUUUGUAUUGUAAUGUCAUUCAGUAAUGAGAGAACUGGUCAGGGUUUAAAUACUUUUGCAAGGCACUGUAUAUAUGGACAUGGAUUUGAUUACUUCAACACUAUCUACAGAUACCAUGUUUUGACAAAUGUGCAGGAAUGUCAUCAGCUGUCCAAUCUGGUCACAGACAAUAUUGCAGAGGAAGAAGCAUGGUGGUUUUGGACUGCCAUGGUUACAUGCAGUCAGUGGUUGUAAGGCCAGUUGGAAGAACUGCCAAAUUCUCUAAAAUGACAUUUUACAUUUUGUUGCUUAUCCUAGACAUAAGCAUUACAUUCUGGUACAACAGCUAUGGACAUUCCUGCAGUCAUCACACCAACUACACAUUCCCUCAAAACAUCUGACAUCUGUGGAAUUGUGUUGAGACAAAACUUCACACUUGAGACAAAACUUCACACUGUUGAGACAAAACUUCAGAACAGUUAAGUGGCCUUAGAUAGUCCCUAGCAUAAGGUGCACCUGUUUGAUGAUCACGAUCCAAAUGAGCUUCUUGAUAUGCCACACAGUCAGGUGGAAGGAUUAUCUUGCAAAGGCGAAAUGCUCACCAACAGGGAUGUAAACAACUUUGUAAACAAAAUAGGGGGAAAAGUCAUAGCUCAAGAAAUAGAGGACUAACAAUACAUACUGCAUUUAUAUCUUUGUUCAGGGUAGCAUGUACAGCCCACUUUAACUGGAUGAAAUUAUUUGUAUUAUUUAAUGUAGAACUAAUUUGACUGGGCUAUUGCUUAAAUCUUUCCUUUUGGAUCUUAGUGCUGUUUUGUGCCAAUUCAGCAAAAAAAAAAAUUUGAAUAAGUGGCCUCAUUAUACUCAAGUAUUCUGGUACAAUGGGAAGAAUGGUUGACUCAGUGACAGCUAGCUUCCAAGGCCCUGGGGCAGCCCCAAACCAUAAUGUCCCACCACAAAGAUUUUGUUUUUCUCUGAUCAAAAGCAAUGUUUUUUUAAUCAACAAAAAUAACACCUAGCUUUGCAGCUAAAGAACUUGGACUUGAUUGAAAAUUGCUCCGGUGGUAUUGUUCUUCAUUCAGCUGUUGGAUGUCCCAGAUAUAUUCUCACGUGUAUGGAAUGUUCUUUAUUUGUAGAUCAUCCUUCAGACAGUGGAAUGUUUGACUUCUAAUUGGGAAUAGUUUUGUAGUUGUUAAUGGUCAUAUGCAUAGAAUACAUAGUCAUGAGAAUAUUAUUUUCAGGGCCUCAGAGAACUCUUCUGUUCUUGCAUGAGGUGUUACAACACACCAGUAAGGUUAAGUUCAAAUAAAACGUCUUAUAUUUCUGUAAAACACUACCCUAAUAGUUAAUCUGAUGAUCUUAAUCCGUUUUAGUGCACCUGAUUGGGAAAUAAAUGAAGGAGUUCACUAAGUUUUUCCCCACAAGGAAAUAGAAUUUCUGUAUAAUUGAAAUAAAUUAUUGCCAAAUAUCAGUUUGUGUUAAAAAUUACUUUAAACUUUGAAAAGUAUAAAAAUUAAGAUCAAAUAUCCAUGUCCAAUCUUUCAAGGGGGUGUAGUUAGGGAAGAGGUGGUCAUGACAAUUUGUCAGAAUGUAAUUCUCAUGCAAAUUAGUGCUUGGCUUAUGGUAAAUCACCAUUAACACAUUUAGUAUCCCCAGGCUUCCAAACAUACAAGUACUUGAUGUGCACAUUAGGAAUAUCAAUGUUUUAAAAUCUAUAUUAAACCUAUUCAUAAUUUUACUAUCACAAUAAAACAAUUAUUUUCAGCAUGUCUUAAACAUGUGAAGAAAAUGUAUUUGAAAAGGACAUAUUAGCAUUAUGCAUCACGGCAAGUGCAAAAGGGGCACAUUUUUGUGUGAGGAGGUAUGAUAGUUUGCUUGCUGCUCUCUCAAGAGAUAACAUUCUGUCCUAAUAAUGCUUAAUAUUGGCAUUUGAUUUAUUUUUUAUUUGGUUUUUAGCAGCAGAGGCAAUCAAAACUCUGGAUUGCAUGUCUGUUCUUACGAGAACACAUUUUACUCAACACAUCAACCACAGGUGAUAUUUUGUUCACACUCUGAAUGCAACCAUGCUUCUCUAAGUUAGAGUGCUUCAUUAGGAAACAGACAACACUGAAACCCAAGUGAAAUCGGUUCAGGGAUAUCAACAUUCCCAUUUCAGAAACCCAUCUCCCUGAUAAACCCCCUUCUGCUCCAGAAACUACUGAAAGAGAAAGGGACAUGAGAUGGAAACAUUCUGUAUGUUAAUGUUAAUUCCAGCCUUUCAUUAAAACGGGCCAGUUGUGAUCUAUGAACCAGCAGCAGGUCUACGCUCUGUCCCAGCCUUCAGGAUUUAAUGUUUAGGGGACAUAGCAUAACACAGUGAACACUCAAAAGGCAAUACAAAAAUGUUUCAUUUUCCAGGAGAUAAAUGAUGCCAUGAUGAUUUUACAUUCCUGUCAUGAUUCAUAUUAACACAGUCACGUUUGUGAGGUGAUUUCUGAUGUUGGUAUGAUUAGAAGGACAAUACAGUUCUAACUACCAGUC